AAAGAAUAUGCCUUACUCUUCCCCGCAAGCAUGCUUUCUUGAAAAAAUAUCCCAUGAAAAAACAAAAACCAAAAGAAUAACUAUUAUAUUUUGGUAGUUAAUGAUGAUUAAUGUUACUCAGUCCAUCGUUAUCCCUUUACGUCCUUUCCAUGUCACUCUUUUGAAACUUUCACUGGCUUUUUCUAUUUUGUUCACCCAUUUUUUUCCUUAUUUUCCCCCUUCUGACAAUUCUUUUCAAGGGCUUCAGAUAAAUCAAGGCCAAGAGCAUGGAGUUUCUGCAAGAACCAACUUUUACUGCCUUUUGUGCUAUUAUCCUAACAUUUAUUCUCGCAAAAAUUGUUUCUUUUGCGGUUUCUUGCUCUGAUAGUGACAAAGACAAAGUUUCUUGUUCGAUCAACGAAGGCCCAGUUGCGAAAGACUCAACUUUGGCUAAAGGGUUGAGAGUUAGAAGUGCGAAAGACAAAAGGAAGGUAAAAUUCGUUGAUGAUGUCGUUGUAAAAAGACUUGAUCGUUAUGAGGGUUCUGAAAAUCUUCAAUUGUUGGAUAUUAAGUCGGCGGAAGAAAUAAAUUUUGAUGGAAAACUUGGGGAAGGGGUUGAGCAAUUCGGAGAAAAUGAUGUAAAUCAAGAAUUAAUUGAGAAAGCGAUCAACGAAAAAUGUUUUGACGGUGAGGCCCAAGAGAAAGGGUCUGAAAAAGUGGAAUUGCAAAUUGAGGAUGAACUUACUGGUGACAAUGGGGAUGGGGCUUUUAGUGAAAAUCACAAGAGUUCAGGGAUGAGUGUUGAAAAUGAGGCAAAAGUGAGAGUGGAGAGUGUGGAUGAUGAUGUAGAUGAUGAUUGGGAGGGAAUAGAGAGAAGUGAGCUGGAGAAAGUUUUUGCAGAGGCAGUUAAUUACUUGGAGUAUGGAGGGAAAGGGAAGGAUAAAGAUGGUGAGAAUAGUAAGUUGGCUAAAUUGAGUAGUGAUGUGCAAAUGGAGUUUUAUGGGCUUCAUAAGGUUGCGGUUGAGGGGCCUUGCCACGAGCCUCAGCCGAUGGCUCUCAAAUUGGCUGCUCGUGCCAAAUGGAAUGCAUGGCAAAAGCUUGGAAGCAUGAGCCAGGACAUGGCCAUGGAGAAGUACAUUGAACUCCUAUGCGAAAAUAUACCUGAUUGGGUAAAUGAUUAUUCGAUGGGUUUUUCUAAGUUGGAAAGUAUAGACAAAAUACCUGAUCCAGAGUCAGAAAGGAAAUCGGAACUUGGUCAUAUUCAAGUUGGUGAUUCCAGCAAGAAGUUUGCGAAAAGACUGACUGUGUAG